UGACGUCACUUUCCUGCGCCGCCAUAAAUUCUACCCGUACAGUACCAGUAACGUGAGUUCUACAGCGCAUAGUAGAGGAAGGUCACGCGACAUCAUUUGUGUCGCAAUGUCUAAAACAUGGAUUUAUCCCACGGUCUUGUUAUGUAUUUAUGGAUUUUUCUCCAGUCUCAGACCGUCAGAACCUUUUCUCACCGCCUUUCUCAUGGGACCUGACAAGAACUUGACUGAGAGAGAGGUUGUGAACGAGAUCUAUCCAGUAUGGACGUAUUCCUACCUGGUUUUACUGUUUCCUGUUUUCCUGGCUACGGAUUACCUCCGUUACAAGCCUGUGCUCCUUAUUCAGGCUGCCAGCUACAUAAUUACUUACGCGAUGCUGGUGAAGGCCCAGGGUGUGCUGGCCAUGCAGCUUCUGGAGUUCUUCUUUGGUAUGGCUACAGCCACUGAGAUCGCCUACUAUUCCUAUAUUUACAGCGUGGUUGAGCCGGCCAAUUACCAAAAGGUGACUGGUUUCUGCCGUAGUGUCACUCUGCUGGGUUCAGCUGUAGGAUCAAUGGUUGGACAGAUCCUGGUGUCGGUGGGACAAGUUUCAUUGCUUACCCUUUCAAUCAUCACGUUGUCAUCAUCCUGCUUAGCAUUCUUGGCACCAUGGUUUUUGCCCAUGCCCAGUAAGAGCCUUUUCUUUCACCAUGGAGAGAGCGUGCCUCAGGACAAAACGGCAAAGGGCCCUGCUGACAAGUCCGAGGACAUCGAGUGCAAAGUGCCACUUGAUGUGAAGGUAGGCACAGAGGAGAAACGUGGGUACACUGGAGGCCUGGUGGAAGUCUUGAAGGCACUUGGAGCAGAUUUUGUGACGUGUUAUUCGUGCCGCACUCUCCUGGCCUGGUCAGUGUGGUGGGCUCUGUCUACCUGUGGUUACUUCCAAGUCAUCAAUUACGCCCAGCCCCUGUGGGAGAGGGUUAUGUCUUCAAAGGAUUUUGUGAUCUACAAUGGUUAUGUGGAGACGAUAUCUACUUUGCUUGGUGCCCUUGCUGCUUUCAGUGUAGGGUAUGUUAAGGUGUCCUGGGCAGUGUGGGGUGAACUUGCACUCUGCAUAUUCUCAAUGGUCAUUGCUGUGGCUGUGUAUGUCAUGGACACAGUCAGGAACAUCUGGGUGUGCUACACUUCAUACGUUAUCUUCCGAGCUUCCUACAUGUUGCUCAUCACCAUAGCAACGUUCCAGAUUGCAGCAAAUCUAAGUAUGAAGAGAUAUGCCCUAGUGUUUGGUGUGAACACAUUUGUGGCAUUGCUGCUGCAAACUCUUCUUACUGUGAUUGUGGUCGACUCUGCCGGUUUGGGCCUUGAUAUUUUUCCUCAGUUCCUGAUCUACGGUAGUUACUUCGCUGCAAUCGCAGUGAUCUUCCUCAUCGCCGGCUUAUACAAAGUGGCUACACGAGGUAGGGCUGAUGCUGCCGGAACACAGGCUGAUGCUGCCGGAGCACAGACUGAAACAGAAAGCGACUCCUCUGGUGGCGAGACUCUCAUCUGCAAAGAGAGCAGCAUCAUUUAAUACGUGGAUAAGAGUCUGAGCACUUUUGAUUUAAACGAGGAUAUUUAUUAUAGUGAUAAGGUAUUGUAAAAGCACUUAUUGUCUGCUGCGCGCAGGGCCGGCAAAUUCCGUUACACACUUUUGCAGUGUUUCUGCACGAAAGUAGUAGCUGAAAGAGCAAUAUCGUGAAGAAAUGGGACCAAAAACUGUGUGAAUAUACAUGAAAUGAAUACAAGAAAAGUGUUGUACUGAGUGUAUCUAUGCGUAACACUGCAAGUCCACUAAUGCUGCAUAGACAAGGUCACACCAGUCAGCUAGGCCCUGCAAAAAUACUGUCAAAACUGUAGCCCAGCUUUCAUUGGAAGAAAAACAUAUCCCCCGAGUUCAACUGCUCCAGACUUCUAAACAUGAUCCAUCAUUAUUCUCAUCCAGUCACAUGCAUUCAUAUUAAAUAUUUAGUUGAAGACUGCUCAUCAGAACAGACCGUCAAUAUGGAGAUUUAAGAAGGGUAAGCGGAUUCAGUCUCCGUUUUCUUCCUGUUUUACCUCUCCGGACUGUUAAGUGUCAAAAACCCCCCCCAAAAAAACAAGCCAGUGCUGAAAUUUUUAACACAAGACCAACUAGAGCUCAACCGUCUCCAGAGUCUUGUGGCGCAAGUCAAAAGUGGCCGCAGCAGCUGUAUUGUGAAACACGGCAAGAACACUUUUCUGAUUAUACAACACUAACACUUGAAAGCCGUUCAAGAAAAUGUUGCCAGUAAGAGCUGCAUCACCCUUUGUGUUGUCAUAAAGGAACUAAAGAUCAAGCAUCAAAAAGUAUUUGUUGUAAACAUAUCAUCAUGUUAGUUUUCUUAUCCUGACCUUGUAAGUAAGGAGUUAUAUGGAACUGGAUCUUGACAUACAGGACUGUCCAAAAGUCUUGGGUACGUACAAAACUGCCAUGAAGAGCAGUAUACUGUAAUGUAAUUGGUUCUAUUCUCAGACCAAACAAACACUGAUACUUUGGCUGUUCGCUUGCGCGGUUUUAACUUGGCGUUUUAAAUACUAAGGUCAUAAGUUGUACAUAUGCCUUUCACAAUCUGCAACUUAAGAAAUAUAUAUAUAGUAGAAUAAUAAAAAUAGCUUUUUUUUCUCA